AUGCUGUCACAUCACCGCCACACCGCGCCACCGCAUCACCACCUCCACACCACCACAUCACCAUCGCUACACCACCACCACCACCGCUACACCACCGUCACACCACCACCGCUACACCACCGUCACACCACCACCGCCGCUACACCACCGUCACACCACCACCACCACCGCUUCACCACCGUCACACCACCACCACCACCACCGCUACACCACCGUCACACCACCACCACCAUCGCUACACCACCGUCACACCACCACCACCAUCGCUACACCACCGUCACACCACCACCACCACCGCUACACCACCGUCACACCACCACCACCACCGCUACAACACCGUCAUACCACCACCACCGCUACACUACCGUCACACCACCACCACCACCGCUACACCACCGUCACACCACCACCACCAUCGCUAUACCACCGUCACACCACCACCGCUACACCACCGUCACACCACCACCACCACCACCACCACCACCACCACCGCUACACCACCGUCACACCACCACCACCAUCGCUACACCACCGUCACACCACCAUCGCUACACUGCCCCCCCACCCCCCAAGAAAGGGACCCUAAAGGACACCGCCGGAUGCAAGGGACAAGCGUUGUCAUAG